UUACUCGUACAGUAAGGUGAGAGGCAUCACAUCCAGUUGUUGUACAGCGGCUCCCUAGGGGAAUCUAACCGAACGCUCACUCUGCGCCUCAUCCGAGGGACUGUGCUAAACCGUGGGGGUUGUAAGACGUGUGACCGAAUCUGUAGACUACUGAGAGUAGAUUUGAGACUCACAUCUGCAUAUCCAGAGGCUGCGACUGAGCUGGUUUGUGAAGCUACAGCCACCCAUGGCAAACUUUAAAGGUCAUGCGUUGCCAGGAAGUUUCUUCCUUAUAUUUGGACUUUGGUGGUCAAUAAAAUACCCGCUCAAAUACGCCUGCAAGAAAAACAAGAAGGUCUUCUCCAUUGGGUCCAAGACCGGUUUCCAGCGCAUUGAGGUUAUCGAAGGAGCAGUCAAGGCAGCGUUUGCUCUCAUAGGGAUUUUAGCUGAGCAGUUUGUGCCUGAUGGACCUCACUUGAAGCUUUACAAUCGUGAAGAGCACCAGUGGGAUCAUUUAAUGAACUGGCAACAUUCCACCAUGUACCUGUUCUACGGCAUCUCAGGGGUUGUUGAUAUCGUCACUCACACCACUAAAGCUGUGCCUUUGGCAAUGGAUCGAAUGAUGCUCUCUAUCGCUGUCUUUAUUGAAGGAUUCCUGUUCUAUUACCACGUGCAUGGACGCGCCAUGUUGGAUAUUCACGUCCAUCUCCUCCUUCUUGUGUCUGUAUUCGGGGGUUCUAUUUGCAUAUUCCUGGAGGUCUUUCAUCGGGGCAAUAUCAUCCUGGAGCUGUUCAGGAGCAGUCUGUGUAUACUGCAGGGGAGCUGGUUCUGGCAGAUUGGCUUUGUACUGUACCCUCCCGGAGGAGGCCCAGAGUGGGACCUGAUGGAUCACGGUAACAUGCUCUUCAUCACCAUGUGCUACUGCUGGCAUUAUGCCUUCGCUAUCUUCAUCGUUGCUGCGAAUUAUGGCUUAGUCACAUGGUUUGUUCAGACCAAGUUGAAGUGCACCCAGCCGAUGGAAAUGGAAUUGCUGAAGUCCCGGGAACACGAAUCCGACGAUGAUAUAUAGAAUCCCAGCUUGAUAUGUAUAACGUGGGGGGACUCCUUACUGGAUCUCUUGCCAUGGUUAAUGAACAGUACUGUAACUUGAUUUGUCAGGAAUCCCAGAAGUGUCUUAUAUAAAUUAAUUUAUAUAUAAAUCCGUUAUGUACAGUAAGUGCGGAUCUGAGAGUGCUUCGCUUUGUAGCCAUUGUUUACAAAUGAAUAAUAAUAUUACCAUGGCAGCCAUUCUGUAACCCGUCCUGUAGCCUUUGGGCAAUGGCAAAAGGGGCAAUUCCAAACGUUUUAUCUGUGCAGAAAGUGGUAGCUACUGUAUAAGGGCCAAAAGGAUUAAAGUUGCCCCAGUUCCCUUGUACGGUAAUCACUUUCAAGCAUGAGUACAUUUGCUUCUACUUGUCUGUGUAUCUAAACGCUUGAAAUUGCCUCAUCUGCCAUUGCUCUUGGAUUCCACAAACAUCCGCCUGUGAAUUUUAAUGUUGUAACUCUGCACAAAGAGGACAAACCUCUGAGAACCUCAUACUUCCUUAAAAUCCAGAAGGGUUAACACAACUUUGUGUACCUGAUUACAUUUUUACUGUCGUUCAGGACCACCAUAAGUGGAAUACACAGGUUACUGCAGCUACCCAUUGUAGCAGGGCCCUGAGAUGGAUAAGUGCAAUGGCCACAGAAUUGAAGGGGCUUGUUGAAGAGUGGGUGCGAUUGAUGGGACCACAGCAGAGUUUUGGCAUAAUUGGGGAGUGGCCGGGGCAGAACAGGGUUGGACUGUGCAUGCAAGGGGAUUUUUUUUGACAAUUGGGGUCCCAUUAAAUUUGUUGGGUAGGACUCACCACCUGGGGGGCCAAGGAGACCAGUGGGCUAAUAACAGAGGUCCACUAUAAGGGGACUUAUUUAGUAGUAUGGGACCUCUGAUUACAGAAGGCAGCUUUCCUGUCAUUGUGUCAUUGUAUCAUGACCAUGGAAAAACAGCUUGUAGAUCAGAUCAAUAUUAAGGGAAGUAUUGUUGUAGCAUAAAUCAUUAGGAUUGAAAUGAAACAUUACAUAAUUAUUUAGAUGUUUAUCAGUGCAAUAACCCAGAGCAGAGCCAGGUAGAAGAGGGUGCGACUUUUUUAUGACCACCCAUUAUUCUCCGUGAUGUCAUAUCUUAACAACAAACGAUCAGGGAAGUAUCAUGAUAUACUCAUUCGUAACCUAUUCAGGGUUAUACUUUUACACCAGUGAAAAACCACCCCAAACUGCCCAAACAGGCAGCGGCCUAUCUCUGCACACACACAGCAGAUUGUGGAAAAAAACACUCAAAUAUGCAUUGUUGAUCAGAUAUUUACUCUUUUGGUCACAGUAAUCUUUGGCUGCCAUUAAAGUCUAUAGAUCCUGCAUGAGUGGUUUCCUGCCAGUGUAGAAUCUAACACUUGUCUAAAACUAAACCUGCACUAAGUGCAAUUCUGCAGGAACAUUUUAGGGUCUAGCUAGUGAUUGAUGCAAGGUCGGUUAAGUCAGCGAUGAGCAUAUUGUAUGGCUGUAGCAGCUCCAGUGGGAUCAACCCUUUCUACUACAUUUCUCAGGAUCAUGGGGGGGAGGUCACUUCCCUUGUGUAAUUGUGUAGUAGCCGUUCUUUAUAAUAUACAAGUUAUAUACUGUAUCUCUUUAACGGGAUACUGUCAUGGGGAAAAAAUUCAAUUUUAAAAUCUGACAUGGGGCUAGACAUUUUGUCAAUUUCCCAGCUGCCCCCAGUCAUGUGA